AUGCUAUGCUUAGUAAGAAACUAUGUACUCUCUCUCUCUCUCUCUCUCUCUCUCUGUCUAUCUCUCUCUCUGUCUCUGUCUGUCUCUCUCCCUUUGUGGCUUUCUUUGCUUUCUGUCUAUCUUUUUUGUCUUUAUGGUUUCAUUGCCCUCUCUCUUUCUGGCUUUAUUUAUUUCGUUGUCCCUCUCUCUUUACCUUUCUGUUGUUCUAUGCAUCUCUUUGUUUUUCCUUUUUUUUUUUUCGUUGUCCCUUCCCAUCACUCUCUACAUUUCUUUCUUUGCUUUCUCUAUCUACUUAUUUUAUUUCGUUGCUACUUUCUCAUUGACUUUCUGCAUUUCGAUUCCCCUCUCUCUGUCUUUUUCUUUCUCUCCCUAUUCUCUCUCCCACUCUCUGUGUGUUUCAUUACUAUCUCUCUUUUUCUACCUUUUUAUCUCGUUAUCGCCCCCCAUCUAUGUCUUUCUCUCUGUCUUUUUUACUUUCUUUCAUUGCUCUUACUCUCUGCUUUCCCUUUCUGCCUUUUUUCUCUAUGUUUGAUAUUCUGUAUGUCCUUGCUCUCUCUCUCUCUCUCUCUCUCUCUCUUUGCCUUUCUGUCAUUCGUUUCUCUUCUCUGCCUCUCUCCUCCUUCUACCUCUCUCCCCUCACUCUCUAUCCCUCUCUCCCUCUCACUCUUUGCUGUUCCGUCAUUCGUUUCUCUUCCCUGCCUCUCUCCUCCCUCUACCUUUCUCCCCUCCCUCUCUCUCCAUCUUCCUCUCUCUAUUUUCUCACUCUUUGCUUUUCUGUCAUUCGUUUCUCUUCCCCGCCUCUCUCCUCUCUCUACCUCGCUCCCCUGGAUCUCUCUCACUCUUUGCUUUUCCGUCAUUCGUUUCUUUUCUCUGCCUUUCUCCUCCCUCUACCUCUCUUCCCUCCCCACUCUCUCUCACUCUUCUCUCUUUGCUUUUCAUUCAUUCGUUUCCCUUCCCUGUCUAUCUCCUACUCCUACCUUUCUCCCCUCCCCCUCUCUCUCUCUCUAUCUCUCUCUCUCUUCUCUCACUCUUUACUUUUUUGUCAUUCGUUUCUCUCUCUACCUCUCUCCCCUGGCUCUAUCUCUCCCGCUCACUCUUUGCUUUUCCGUCAGUCGUUUUCUUUCCCUGCCUCUCUCCUCUCUCUACUUUCUCCCUUGCUUCUCUCUCUCUCCCCCUCACUCUUUCCCUUUCUGUCAUUCGUUUCUCUUCCCUGCCUCUCUCCUCCUUCUACCUCUCUCCCCUCACUCUCUAUCCCUCUCUCCCUCUCACUCUUUGCCGUUCCGUCAUUCGCUUUUCUUCCCUGCCUCUCUCUUCCCUCUACCACUCUCCCCUCCCCCUAUCUCUGUUUGUGUAUGUGUGCUUGUAUCCGCUAUAUAUACAUACCACUGUGAUGACCUUACUAUUUGUCCAGUGCAAAAAUAA